AUGUCAGUCACUAGGUCGUCGUCGCGGCGCAAGCUCUUUGCGCCCAGCCCGCUUGUCUCGGGCAGGUCGGUGGCCGUCGCUGCCCAUUCCGCCACUGUUGUCACGGCCAACGGCCACUCGGUCGCCCAAGUUACAGGUGGUGCUUCGGUCGAAGAGGAUGCGGCGAUGGCUACAGCGAUCGCGGUCGAGGAGUCUCGCCGCUCCUACUCCCUCCGUCGCCGAAGCGCCGCUCCCCUCGCUUCUCCGUCCACCCCAAAAGCAUCGCCUUCCUCCUCUGCUGCAAAGGCGCCGCAGCAGACGCGAUCCAUGCGCACGUCCGCGAAACGGUCACGAGCCCAAUCGCCCUCUAGUGAGUCGGACAACUACGCCUCCGGCUCCGACUUUUCAGACGAUGGCGCACACUCCUCGGACCACGACAGCGAUGUUUUUACCGACCAGAAGACCAACAAGUCCACGCCCAAGGCCAAGCGCGUAGCCAAAGCCUCGUCCAAGUCUGCGGUCAAAGAAGAGACCGGGUCUAAGCCCCUUUCGCGUUCCAAGUCCAAGUCGGCGUCGCCGUCCAAGCCGAAGAAAGCGGCCGUAUCGCCAUUCGACGUGUCUCCGCGCAAGGCCACCAAGAAGCCUCUCAAGGUCGAUCUCGAGCCGCACGAGGCGCAUCCUGCGCCAGCUCAGUGGGAGAAGGUGUACGAGCUGCUGACCAAGCAGCGGGCGCGCAUCGUCGCACCCGUCGACACCAUGGGCUGCGAGGAAAACGGCCGCUCGGAUCGCCGUGCCGACUCGUGGCGCGAGAGCGAGUCGUCCGAAGAUGCCGCCAAGCGCGAACGCCUCGCGACGCUCGUCUCGCUCAUGCUCUCGUCCCAGACCAAGGAUCCCGUCACAGCCGAAGCCGUUUACAACCUCCAGCGCAACCUUCCCAAUGGCCUGUGUCUGCAGUCGCUGCUCGACGCCGACGACGACGCUAUCUCGAGCUGCAUCGCCAAAGUCGGCUUCUGGCGUCGCAAGACCGGCUACCUCAAGUCCGCAGCGCGCAUCCUUGCCGCCGACUUUGAUGGUGACGUGCCCCGCACCGUCGAUGAGCUGUGCAGUCUGCCCGGUGUGGGGCCAAAGAUGGCCUUUUUGGCGCUCAGUUCGAUGGGCAUUCAGGUGGGGAUUGGAGUCGACACGCACGUGCAUCGCAUGACCAACCGGCUUGGAUGGCACGAUACAAAGACGCCCGAACAGACGCGCUUGAAUCUGCAGUCGUGGCUGCCGCGUGAGCUGCACCCGCACAUCAACCGGCUUCUCGUUGGAUUCGGCCAGGUCAUCUGCGUCCCUACAGGCCCUCGAUGCGACUUGUGCAACGUAGGCAGCGCAGGUCUUUGCCCGAGCUACCGUCCCAUCGACCCAAAGGCGGCCGAAAAGCGCGUCAAAGUCACCCUCUUAGCAGACGGCGAAAUCCACCCGGCCCCACUCAUCUCGCCCUUCAAACAGGAAGAGCAACCGGCGGUCAAGGUCGAAAUCGACAACUCGACGCCCAUGCACAUCGCCGACCUCACCAGCGACAUUGCAGUCAAGACCGAACCGGACGCUGAUGCUCAUGAUGCUGCCGCAGUCGCAAAGGCGCUCGAAUGGUAG